AUGGCGUUUGUUCCCGACCUGGACGUGCUGGAGAGCAGCAACCUCAGCGAGGAGACUUUCUACGGCCCCUCCUGUCUCUGCCUUCAGAAGAAACCUCGCCUGGAUUCUGAGCACACCGCGGUGGGCGUGCAGGUGACAGUGAGGAAGGGCCGCGGUGCCCGGAGCUUCCGGCAGGCUGCCGUGCUGGUGGUGGCCAUGACCAAGCUGCUGCGGAGGCCGAAGCACAGGGACUUUGCUGACAGCGACCUGAGCGCACUCCUGGAGGAGGUUUUUGAGCCCGUCACCUUCCAGCGGCUGGAGAGCAGCUACGCCGGGGCACCUGCCUUCCGCUACACCCGCUCACAGUCCUUUGACAUCUUUGACAUCAACCAGAAGUGUUUCGUGCUGGAGUCGCCCACACAGCUGGUGGCCCUGCACCUCCAGGGGCCCUCCUCCAGCCAGAAAGUGAGGCUCAACAUUGCACUGUACCGGCCCCGAGGCCCACGGGGCAGCGCUGGAGCUGGGCAGACACCAGUGGCACUGGGCAUCAAGGGCUACAACCUCUACAUGUCGUGUGUGCUGAGCGGCACCGAGCCCAUGCUGCAGCUGGAGGAAGCCGACGUCACGCGGGACAUCGACAGCGCCGAGCUGACCCGCUUCAUCUUCUACCGCCUGGACAGCCCGGCUGAGGGCACCACGCGCUUCGAGUCGGCCGCCUUCCCCGGGUGGUUCAUCUGCACCUCCCUGCAGCCCCGGCAGCCCGUGGGCAUCACCAACCAACCCGACCAGGUCAACAUUGCCACCUACACGCUGCUGAGCGGGCGCUGAGUGCCUGCCCGAACCCAAACCGGCCCGUUGCUGGUUUCCACACCGUAUGUACCAAGUACAAGCCCUGCUGCCCCGCCACGCUGUUCCACGUGGGAUAGCUGCUCUGGGCCCCGUGGGCCUGAGUCAAACAUUGUUUAUGCUUCGUUAUGUUUCACUGCUUUUAACUUACAUUUUUACUUAUAUUAUUUACCAUAAUUACGAUGGUUUUUGUUUCAUCUCCCCUUCUUGGGGUGGAGGUAUUUAUUGCGACUGGAGAAAUAAACCAGAAAGAAAAGCUUCCCUGUGGA